ACAUGGGAAUUAGCUUGAGGUAGGUGUCAUACCGUUGGCAAUCCAGCAGUCGGCUCUUUGGCAUAUGCUCCCAGCUUAACUGUUGUCGUAAUGACUCAUAGAUCGAUAUUCCGAUGAUUGACCUAUGAUGCUGAAUGUUGAAGUGGGGUUUGACGACCUCAACACUACCUACCAGCUUCGCUCACAACAACCUCACGACGGUCAAGUGCAGCAACAAGGUUCCCGUAAUAUCCCACAACUCUCACUGCCAAUGAGUCCUGUAGCUCGACCCAUCCAACGAACAACUCAGAUUCUCAGCCACCUCCAACACACAAUGUCGGCACAUCACCCGAUACCAGCAGCGCCAUGGCGCUCAGCUUUUCUGUCCCACGUUGAUAAGAUGGAAUCUCCAACUUUCAUGCUCAGCACCCUUCACCACCAUGGCUCUUCAGUCACUCCUCGUUCCCGCACCGUCGUGUAUAGGGGCGCGUGGGCCGAGAUUCCCGUCAACCCCAAGAACCAGGCACCUCUCAACCCCUCUCUCUACGAGAGCGACCUUCUCACCAUCACCACUGAUGCUCGUAUGGAAAAAGUCCCUGAACUAUCAACAGAUGGAGAGGAUGUCCCACAGUCUGGCGGCGGCGGACCUGUCGAAGCGGUCUUCUGGGUCGUAGAGACCAAGACUCAGUGGCGUCUACGUGGCCGCGCCUAUCUCCUCGGCCAAGAUAUCGAUGAUCCAUCAGCCUCACACGUCAGGCAAGAGAUAGAAAAGCAUAUGCGCCUCAAGAACAAUGACGACUCGGGUUCCUGGAACUGGGGUAAAGAGAUAACUGCACACUUUGGAAACUUGAGCCCUGGCAUGCGAGGAUCUUUCCGAAAUCCUCCUCCGGGUACAAAGCGAGAUGAAAAGCCCGCCCCUGGACUCGGACUCGGGCAGAAAGUUGAAGACCUCGACGACGAAAUUGCAAGGAGGAACUUCCGUGUUGUGGUGAUUGUGCCAGAGGAGGUGGACCAGGUUGAUCUAAGUGAUCCCGAGGAUGGCAGGAGAUGGAAUUACCAGUUGAAGGAUGGUUCCUGGGAGAAGACUGAGUUGUGGCCUUGAAAUAGUACACUGGCACCAGGGAGUAAGAAAAAUCCUGAUGUUAAAUCAAGGUGCUAAAAUAAACUGGUCUAAAGGCCUGCUAAGAUAGAAUAAACUUGCCUAAGUCUUUUCAUUACUUAGAAA